CUCGAUGCUCGAUGCUCGAUGCUCGAUGCUCGAUGCUCGAUGCUUGAUGCUUGGUAAUCAACCUUCCUACGAAGCACAGAGGAACUACGACUAUGAUCUUUGAUGGCGUUCUUCCCCUUGCAGCAUUGGUGGAAUUGCGGCAUAAUCAAAUGCAGGACGGCCGGGACAUGAUUGACGAGGAUGAUGAAAACUCGGCCAAACUUUCAACAUGGUUGUAUCUGACAACUGCCGAGCAGCAGCAUUGCCAAUGGAGAUCAGUGCGUGGAUUGAAUAGAACGACUGCUGAGCUAACGAGCGUGAUUGACGCGGAUGGCCGAUGAGAGACAAGCAAGGUCGAUCCAGAUGAGUGGCGAGCCUGAUCAGGGACAGGGAGCAAUAUGCGGAACAUUAUUUCGUCAAUGGUUGGACCAGUUCGUAGUAGUGUAUCUCGAUGAUAUCCUCGUGUAUAGUAAAACACUACGUCUUGAGGAACAUGUGAAACACUUGCGAAUGGUGCUACAGAAGGAAGUUGUGAAUCGACAAGGUGAAUCAAUGCGCUGCUGCGCGGCCUGCCCCUCUGUGUGAUCAUCAUAUUGGCGCUAUGUCGUAGUUGUUUUUUGUUUUUUUGAAUGCGGCUUUGCAUACCCUCUGCCAUCCGAUGUGCUUAGCAUGUUCUAGGUUCAUUGAACUUCAUUCAGUGUUCAGUGAACAUGGUCAUACAUGAAGUUGAACUCAUUCAAGACUCAAGUGAAGAGAGAAUAGUGAGAAGGAAGGAAAGCUGCGGAGAAGUCUCAAGAGAAGUGAAGUGAACUCAAAGAUCAAAUCUAAAUUUCAUUCCACCACCCCUUCUCCUCCUACUAUCGCUUCCAAUCUUCCAAUUGAUACACAAAGGUUCUGGACCUGGCACAAACUGAAGUUCAAUUGAUACACAAAGGUUCUGGACCUGGCACAAACUGAAGUUCAAGUUGCCCAAAGGUGCUGGACCUGGCAUCGACGAGGGCUAAACUUCAUCAUAGUCUCCCAGUCUCUUACCGUUGAAGAUAUUCUCGAACUGAGCCUCAACAGCGGAGCACCCGACAAGGGUGGAUGCCCCUCACCAUCCACCGACUACCCAUGCCGGAAGAGCUCAGAGUGCUAACUAGCUAUGGAGGUUCCCACCCUCUGCCAGUUCAUUACCGUGGUGAGUAACAAUGUCCAAGACCUGCUCUUGCUUUUCUCCUCCUCCCAUAGAACAAGUUGGAGUAGUGGGUCCUCGGUCGAAGAGUCGCAACCCAGGCAUGAAGGAGUACACUCGCGGAGUCGCAGCCCAGGUAUGAAGGAGUACACUCGCAGAGUCGCAGCCCAGGCAUGAAGAAGUCGUACACUCGCAGCCCAGGCAUGAAGAAGUCGUACGCUCGCAGCCCAGGCAUGAAGGAGUCGUACACUCACAGCCCAGGCAGGCAUGAAGGAGUCGUACACUCGCAGCCCAGGCAGGCAUGGAGGAGUCGUACACUCGCAGCCGAGGGAUGAAGGAGUCGUACACUCUAUAAGCCAACAAGCUCCAGCAUUCCUAAGGAGCCCUUCUUCCUCCUCCCUCUAGCUCUGAUGAUGUUGGAAACUCUGAAAAUCGCUGGACUCAGAAAUCCACAGAUCAGCACCAUGACGUCAGCGCUAUGCUGGAAUGAGGUCGUGCUCUAUUGCUACCACUGCAUGCACAUAUUCCCCAUGAUGACCUGGAGGUAGCUAUCCGGUUGCCCCGAGGCCCUUCCUGCAGUCGCUUGACAGUCAAACGAUGGGUGAAACUUUCACCGCGGGUAACUCUCUCCCAUCUAGCCUAGGCAUGUACUGUUCUCCACGUCUGAUAUACCUCUAAGCCUGUCAUGCUGUACAACAGUGUACAGCAUGGACCUGAUACCGAACUUGCUGGAAAAUCUCUUCAAGUACCCGAAGUUUCAUGCAACGUUCACCUUUCUUUCGUGUCCCGUCGAGGCGCCUUCAAGAAUCCACCGAAGAGCUAAGGGUUCCUGACGACUCUUUUCGCCAAAUGGAAUUAAAUAGGCCGCAGCUUCACGGUGGUAAUGGUGAACGCUGCGCCCGUCCAUUUACGUUUCAUUUCACUUGGAGUCAUCCAUUCCAUCUGGCAUGCUUCUGUUUAAGUCCAUUAGUGGGUCCGGAUACGCAGAAUACUCGGACAAACGAUUAAAAGAGAUUUUCAAUGAUCAUUGAAAUGCAGCGAUGUGGUGUUCUUUGGUGUUUUGGCACUAGGGCAGGCUUAUCCUUGUAGAAAGUCCCGAAUGCAUGCCUUGCAACAAGUAAAGGCAUGCUUAUCCU